CUCCCUCCUUUGUGUUUCUUCUCUGCAAAAACACCCCAAUUCCGCUCGAAUUUCUCGCCUUCCUCUCUCCAAUUCCCCCAAAUACGUGUCCAGCAAUGCAUGAUCUUCGGUUUAAGUUCAAUUUCGACACCUAACGCCGUCGUUUUCACCGACUAAAUCACCCGCUAAAAAUGCUUCAGGCAAUGGAGAGCUCCGUCAACAAUGGCGGUUUCUCGCAGUUUCAGAGCUGCGGCGACAGUAGCGAAGAGGAGCUCUCGGUGCUGCCACGUCACACCAAGGUGGUGGUUACCGGCAAUAACAGAACCAAGUCCGUUCUCGUUGGUCUCCAAGGCGUCGUAAAGAAGGCCGUUGGGUUAGGCGGAUGGCAUUGGCUGGUCCUUACAAAUGGCAUAGAAGUAAAGCUUCAGAGGAAUGCCCUUAGUGUAAUUGAAGCUCCUACUGGUAAUGAGGAUGAUGAUGACCUUGAUUUUGAGACUGUCCAGUGGAAUGGAUCAGACAUGGCAUCCGAUGAUACCCAAAAAUCUCAAAGAUCAAGGCAUAGAGUGCAUAAAUCAUGUGGAUCAUCUCACAAGACUACAUGCAGAUCUCUCUCUUGUGACUCACAAUCUAAGGGCUCUGUUUCUACUCCUCGAGGGUCAGGAUCAACAAAAAUUGACCUUGGGAAACUGGAGAUGGCUGCUCUAUGGAGAUAUUGGCGACAUUUCAAUCUUGUUGAUGACAUACCAAACCCAUCGAAAGAGCAAUUAAUAGAUGUUGUUCAGAGGCAUUUCAUGUCACAGCAAAUCGACGAGUUGCAGGUGAUUGUGGGAUUUGUUAAAGCUGCAAAGAGAAUGAAGAAUGUGUGCAAAUGACAUAGAGGAGGAUUGGUAGUCAAGGCGUGCUAACAGAGUCACUGGUACCCUGGAUGUCCACUCCCCUAUUCUGAUAUCUUAACUUAAUGUAUCUAUCUAGGGCUUGUUUAUGCUUACAUGUCUGUUGAUGAGUAGAGUUGUAGAGGGAUUUUGUAUUUACCUUUUUGGUAGAUCGAGCAUAGUUAUUUGUAGAUAUUUAAACCGGUGGGCGGUGGGAAUUGGGAAAGACCUCUCCGUAGGAAUUAAGAGACCCUGUGGCUUAAUAUUCUGUCUAAGCUUGGUUGAAAUGUAUGUAAUUGCUGACUGGGGAAGAGGGGUUUUCCAAAAUGUAUAUAUUUUUAAGUUCUCUUAUCUACAAUGAUCCAUGUUUUAUGAACUUCUCGUAA